UCAAACGUACGCCCAUGAUUUGUUUAACAACACAAAUUCUCCCGUUGUUCCACUUCUUCUUUUUUGGGUUCCGCAUCGCCUGGGAAAUUGACAGUCGGUUUUUCAAUUUGGAGUGCAGCGACAAUUUAGUUAUUAGAGGAGUCAAAGGAAUUAGUUUGAUAUACCAGCGGUGCUUAGUCCUAAAGUUUAGCUCUAAACAAUGGAUCUUCUCUAUACAACCCACCGUAAAUGGAAUGCAAACAGCUUUAGUUUAGCGGAAACACAACAAAACUUCGAACAGUUCAGCAUAACAUCCUCAUGCAACGUUCUUGCUUUCACAACGACGAAUGAGCUGACGGAACUAUCGCCUAUCCAAGGCUGGGGCUUCCACAUAUAUGUGGCAGAUUUGAAUACUCCGUGGUUUCCCUAUAAAGUUACCUCCAACAAGUACCCCAUCUCAAUUCUGGACUGGGAUGUGACGGGACGAUAUUUGCUGGUCGGAGACCGCAACGGUAACAUCAAGAUAUUUGUGCAAAAAGACAACCUGCUGUCGGAGUGGAAGGUGCUCUACAGGACGAAAUUUCCUGGCGAAAAUAUAAUUGCGGCAGUGUUCUUUCACAAUGGGCGAAAAAUGAACCUCCAAUCGGAUAAAAAAGAUCAAUAUUUGUAUUUGGAGAAGUUUUCAAAAGUCAAGUUCACUGGCAGCGUGAGACAGUUCGGUGGCGUUCCGGUGAACGGGGUAUUGAUAGUGUCGGCCACCGGUAUGCUGGGAGCUUUCAUCAUUCCGUCGGAGUCCAACGUAAACAUUCAGAAAGUUCAAGAACCAGUCACGCUGACACCGGUCACGGAAAGUCUCGCAGUGACGAGGAAUUUCUACACCACCGCGGACAUUUGCUGCACGAAAAAUGGCCACUUUAUGGUUGCCGUGGGCAAUGAGGAUACGAAAUCGGCGAACUCUAGCAUGAUUCAAUGUUUCCGAGUUGUGGUGAAAAAAGUUGGCGAAACACUCGAAAUAAGCAGUUCCGUCCUUCCCAGCUUUUUCGUAGCGGAGGGGUUAGGGAAAGAUCUGAAGGACCUACGGGUGGCUCGGGUGAAAUGGGUUUUCAACGAGGAUGCCGAUUCUUUGAUUGUGGCUUCGAACCAUUCCGGUGGAGGGUGUUUAAUAGAACAGUGGGAGCUGACCGAGGAAUCUCUCCCAAUACACAAGCUGUUUCAAAGCAGCAAAAAUGAGGCCUUCAAGACGAUUCUUUGGGUCAGCAAGAAUCAAUACCGGUAUAACACAAAAGUGGUGAAGAUUUGCACGACCCGGUUGAACUUUCUUAGCAGCUCUUUCAUCUAUUUGGCCAUGAGCGAUAACAGUAUUCACUGCCUGCAGAGAGAUACUUUCAAGCGAUUGACUUGUACGAACAUCAUUUCGAUCCGUGACCCGAACGACCACUCUAACAAGCAAAUAAAACUGGGCGUCAAAAUCGGAGCUAUUAAUAUAUCCUAUUUGGGACAUCUUUUCAUCGCAUUGGAUACUUUCGGUCAAUUGUAUGUGUAUCGAUGCAAUUUCAUUUGCCAGGAUCAACUGGGGACUCCUGCUUUGAUUGUCCAAACCGUCAAUUUGUUAGAAUAUUGUUUGGUCACUGGAUUCGAUAGUCUGGAUAUUCUUCUGACUCUUAAAAUUCAAAUAUUGGAUAACAUUCUGGAACGCUUGACCGAGAACUUUCAUCGGCAGCCUUCGAAUGUGCAGCAGUAUUACUAUGUGAAUUUUCUUACAAUGAAAAUCGCUCUGUACAGACUGUCGAUACCUGGACAACAGAAGGCUCACGAUUUGUCGAACCUGUUGAUUCUCCAUUCGAUUCUUAUCGCGUUCAAGAGCUUGUUGCGUCCGUCAGAUCUAACUUCGCAUGAUAAGGGCCCGGCAGAGAAUCUGGCCAUGGUUCUUUCCGAAUCGGUCCCGGACGUCGACAAAGUGCUGCUCAAUUUGGAAGCAAAAGAUUUUACGAUGGAGCGUUCCACUUUGCAAAGUUUGCAGCAGCUGAUUCAGUGGGUUGCUGAUCUUGCGCUGAAUAUCCUUGCCAAACUUCCAGAAAAUCGUUCGUUCAUGUCCAAUAAAUCCCAAGGAUAUGAUAUCAGCAAAGAUAUCGUCGCAUUGAAUAGCAUCCGCGAGCUACUCGUAAUGAUUCGCAUUUGGGGCUUACUGAACCCACAAUGUCUUCCCAUAUUUUCCUGCUCGGCGGACAAUUUGGACAUCCUGUUGACGCUGUUCCGGUUGCUCACGAAACUUUCGCUGAAUCCAAACGAACCGGAUGACCUGCUGCUCGACGAGUGUUGUCUUCUUCCCAAUCAAGUGCUGAUUCCACAGUUGCAGUUCGUACCCUCGCGAACGAUGAUUGCUUCUCCCCUUCUUCCGCAUGUCAGUUUGCCCGUGAUGUGUGAUUAUGGCGUAGAGAAUGAAGUGCUCAAAUUCUGUCCAGAGGUACCAAUCGUGGAGGGAGGACUCUCAAACGAUAAUGUGAUCGAUUCGGUGAUGUACCUGCAGCUCGGUCGUAGGCCAGCAUCGUUGCGCCGCUGCACCCGGUGUGGAUCCUGCAGCAGUGUGGUUAGCGUUGCCAAAACAGCUGCCAUGAAGGCCUGGGAACAGCGAUGGAUUGAUAAGUGCCGAUGUAAUGGCUUCUGGAGACUUGAAGUAGCCUGAAUACGCUUGACGGGACACGGGACAAAGAUGGCAUGCCGCAAAACGGUACAAAUGGUUACAAAAUUACAGCAAACAAUUAAUAACUGUCAGUAUGCGUUUAUUGAUUUCGGAAUCACUUCAUUGUCAGUUUUAUCCAUAUGUUUAUACUGCAUAAUACGCAAUUUUAUAUGAACUACAAUAAAGGGAUAGUUUAUAGUUUAUAUUUAAUAAAAGUAUAAAUUUUUCA